AUGCCAACAAACAAUCACACAAAAUACAACAAAAUACUAAUAAUGGCUAUAACUAAAUUAUAUUCUAGAUACGUCUACGAUUCACGUGGUAAACCAACCGUUGAAGUCGAGUUAACAACUGAAAAAGGUGUAUUCAGAGCAAUUGUGCCAUCUGGUGCCACUACUGGUGUUCAUGAAGCCUUGGAAUUGAGAGAUAAUGAUAAGUCGAGAUGGAUGGGUAAGGGUGUCCUAAAGGCCGUUGCUAACGUCAAUGACAUUAUUGCUCCUGCCAUUACAAAGGUUACUUUGGAUGUUAGAGACCAAAAGGCUGUUGAUAAAUUCCUAAUUGAUCUAGAUGGUACUGAAAAUAAAUCUAAAUUAGGUGCUAACGCCAUUUUAGGUGUCUCUCUAGCUGCCGCUAGAGCAGGUGCUGCUGCCAAGAACGUCCCACUAUAUUAUCAUUUGGCUGAAAUAUCAGGUCAUAGUACGAGCAAAUUCGUUCUACCUGUCCCAUUUUUCAACGUGUUGAAUGGGGGUAAUCAUGCAGGUGGUUCUUUGGCCAUUCAAGAAUUUAAAGUGGCUCCAGUGGGUGCUAAGAAUUUUCAUGAAGCUUUAGAAAUGGGAUCUGAAGUUUAUCAUCAUUUGAAAUCUUUGGCCAUGAAGAAAUAUGGUUCUUCAGCAGGUAAUGUCGGGGAUGAAGGUGGUGUUGCACCAGAUAUUGACACCGCUGAAGAAGCAUUGGAUUUGAUCGUAGCUGCUAUUAAGAAUGCUGGGCAUGAAGGUAAAGUUAUGAUUGGAUUAGAUUCCGCAUCUUCUGAAUUCUACAAAAAUGGUAAAUAUGAUUUGGAUUUCAAAAAUUCUAAAUCUGAUCCAAAGAAUUUUUUAACAGGUCAGCAAUUGGCUGAAUAUUAUCAUAGUCUAUUGAAGAAAUAUCCAAUGAUUAUAUCUUUAGAAGACCCUUUUGCCGAGGAUGACUGGCAGGCAUGGACAGAUUUCUUUAAGACAUGUCCAGUUCAAGUCAUUGCUGAUGAUUUAACUGUCACAAAUCCAAAAAGAAUUAGAACUGCCAUUGAUAAAGACGCCGCUGAUUGUUUGUUACUAAAGGUAAACCAAAUUGGUACUCUAAGUGAAUCCAUCGAAGCCUGUAAUAUGGCUUAUAAGGCCAAUUGGGGUGUUAUGGUUUCGCAUAGAUCAGGUGAAACCGAAGAUUCAUUCAUCGCUGAUUUAGUAGUGGGUUUCAGAACUGGUCAAAUUAAGGAUGGUGCUCCAGCUAGGUCAGAAAGAUUGGCCAAGUAUAACCAGUUACUAAGAAUUGAAGAAGAAUUAGGUGAUAAGGCGAUUUAUGCUGGUGAGAAAUUCCAUUUCGGUUUCAAGUUAUAA